AUGAAGCACUCUCAGGAAAGCUCGAAGAACCAUCCCUCUCUUCCUAUCUACGAGGAUAGCCACUGUACUCAAAAGAAAGUGUCAAUCACUCCAGAUCACAUGGGCGACCUCGUCAAGUCUACUCCUCCUGCACUCGAUGGCGACAGAGAAGGAGAAGAGGGCAAUGGGACGACUGCCAUUGUGGACUUGAUAGGACCGAAGAAGAAAAAGAAGACCAGGAGAAAGCCCAAGAGCAAACGAGGAAAAAAUAAGCCUACUGGGUUCGAAGAGUUCUAUGUCGAUGCUCCCAUGACUCCCGAACAGUACCAGGAGGAGAAGGAGCUGUACGAUAUUUCUCGGCCUCUCAUUCACCGGAUGGAAGACGCCCUCUUGCGGUAUAUGAAAAACCGUCGCAUUGAAAGCGACAGACGACAUGUCUUCAUGAGGUAUCUGGCAUACGGCGGCGUGGACGUCGGACAGAAAAUGUUUGCCGGUAUGGAUGACAAGGAGCUUCAGGAAAUGGAUAGCGAGCAGGUCCUGGUGGCUAGAGGGCAGACAAGCAUCAAACGCGAGCAGCUGAACCUGUCUGUUGAUUUCAAUGCGGUGGUCAAAGGCUACCUCACUUCAUAUUUCCCGUACUUCUUCAACCCUGAAACCAAAGAGAUGGUGAGGAUGGCCACUGUCACGAUUCGAAACUUCCUCUCCUAUCUGCUUUAUCACGACGUGUGCCCAGAACACAACGAAAACAUCGAUGAGGCCAGAAAGUCGUGCGAUAUUGCCUCUAAGGAACUCUGGGAUAACCAGCAAUUCACAGCCAAGACACCUGGGGAUUUUAACACAGCCUGCUCUACUCUCUUCGGCGGUUUUCUCUACAAUAUAUACGUCGAAGACGAUCAAUGGCAGAAUCCCAAAGACGAUAGCGUUCGUAUGACCAAAAAAGUGGCAUGGAAGGUCGUCAAGUUUGCCCUGGCCGGGGUUGGAACAAACGCGCAGGCCGGGCAGUUUCGGGACCAUGCAAACAAUGACGCCCUUCGUGCUAUGCUUGUGGAGGAUAUCCAUGGGUUUGAGGUCACUGAGGUAGUCCCUCCUGACAAUGACGUCCGCUCUUUCUACCAGGAGUAUGCCCCCGACUUGAAUCCUGUCGGGAGGCUGGUUGGAAAAGCCUAUUGUGAUCCAGGUAAGCCGAGCUAUGAUCUGAGUCCUGAAGAGCACCUUGAAUGGUCGUUUGGCAACAUACAUAUGCCCGAGUUUGAGUUUUUCCUGGAGGAGGAUUUACUCCGGCAUUGCUACCCCGGCAUGAAGGUGAUAACUUCGGUGUGGGAAUUGAAUUGUGGGUUUCAUUACUUUGAAGACAUCCAUACCACAUACUGUUCCGUCUACACGGUUCUUUGCAACGAUCUCAUGCUGGGGUGGAAGAAGCCAAGGGACGUGACGGUAGAGGAAGGCGAUGACGACGACGAAGGUGUGAUGAAGAGGGUGCGGAUGGGAGGUUAA